UUUACCAGGAAGGUGAGGGUUUAGUUAAAGUAAAACUCGCCUUUGCCCCGCGGCGGCUGACAGCAGGCUCCGGGGGCCAUUAUGUACCAAGCAGUCGGCUCGCCAGGAUGUCCGUGAGCUACCUGUUGGAAAGGGACGGCGGCGGCGGCGCGAUGUACAGCAACCCCACGCGGCACGUCAACCUCGGCUACGGCCACCAGAACGUGUACCCGUCGCCGCCGUACUCGGACUACACCGGCUACCAUCACGUCUCGGCCGUGGGGAACGAGCACCACCACGGAGCGCAGAGCGGCGGCGCGUGGAAUCCCGUUUACGCGCCCGCGCACGACGAGUGGCCGCUUUACGCGCACGGCGCCACGCACGCGCCCUUCCCGAGCCUCGGGCCAGUGAACGCGGGGAACGUCAGCGGCCUGGUGGCCCCGCAGGAGCAACGCAGCUUGACCAAUGUCCCCGGUCCUCCUCAGCUGUCCCCCAUCUCUGAGAGGGACCAGGCCGAGUGGGCCAGGCGCACAGGAUCACAAGCGAGCACAGGAGGAAAGACAAGGACAAAGGACAAGUACCGGGUGGUGUACAGUGACCACCAGCGCCUAGAGCUCGAGAAAGAAUUCCACUUCAGCCGCUACAUCACCAUCAGACGGAAGGCAGAGCUCGCCGUGACUCUCAACCUCUCCGAACGCCAGGUAAAGAUCUGGUUUCAGAACAGACGUGCUAAAGAGAGGAAGCUGAACAGGAAGAAGAUCCAGCAGUCGCAGCAGGCCUCGACCACCACGGCCACUCCGCCAGCGGUCGAUAUGCAUGCAAACGCUGCUAUAGUCGCAAGCACCAGCGGCAGCCUAUUGACAGACACGUUAUCUACGGUUAUUAAAGAAGAAUACUAAAAACUGCUGAUAGCAGAAAUGGAACAUGCAACGUGCACGUUAAACUAAAGAAACCAAACGUUUACAUUACACUCUCAGCGAUAACAUUAAAAAACAAACACGGAAAUUCACUACACAAGAAAGAGCAAAUGAAGCACAGUAUUUUUGAUUGUGUUUGAGUUAUGACAGAAAUUGUCAUUGUGAUUAAGGAGAACCACAAGCUUCCAGGAUAUUUUAAAGCUUUCGCCAGUCAUUGAUUAUGUACCUUUUUAGACAAUUUAGUCUAUAUUUGAAAUAUUGUUUAAACUGUAUGUGUGAAGUGUUUUGUAUGGUGUGACAAACCAAUGAGACUAUUAACUAUUUGGAAUAAGUUCAUAAACUAUAAAUAUAAUAGAUUAAUCUUUUUAUGCAGAAUAAAAAGUUAAUGUUGCAAAAACGUGAGAAUUCUGUAUUUUUUAAGGAAAAGCAUAGGGACCUGUCAUGUUUUAUAGGUGUACGUGGUCUCAUUUGGUGUUGCCACAACUGUAAAUAAGUGCACAGUUGUCAUGUGAGAGGACUUGGCUGCUGAACACCUGCUUUGUGGAUAAUGAGGUUAUGGAGGAAUGUCCCUUCAGCAGAAGGAGUAACUUUGACCUGUUGAUCGUUAAAUUCUGGGUGUGGUGUGGGCAAAGUUGCUUGCAUCGUUUCAUAGUCAGAUGAUUCAUCUCAAUUAUAGAUACAAGAUAUGUGAUAGUUUCCUGCCUUUGGCUCCACAUGAUGGCACGUCAACAAAAUCAACCUUUGAUUUGGAAAUACAAGAUUGAUGUUUUAAUGACACAAACUCUGCAUCAAUGCAUACUUUGCAAUAUGUGGUCUUGUGUGUAUUGGAUUAUAAAGUGUACGGAGAUAAAGGUUAACCUGAGACCAAAUUGUGCAUUUAGUUUUAAGAGAAACAAAUGCAAGUACAUGAUUUACUGUAUAUUGUGCAAAGUUUGCAAAAAGAAUCUAUUUAUCAAGAUGAUAAACGGUAAUUCUAUUUUUGUUAAUUGUGCAUGUUACCUUUAAAAUUUCAUUGCAUCCGAAAUGAUAAAACCCCUAUUCUUCUAUUCAGCUGCUCCUGAUGUCAUGUACAUAAUAAUAAUAAUAAUAAUAAUAAUAAUAAUAAUAAUAAUUUGUACAGCACAAGGACAUUUUAUUGAAGAUGAAGUGUAAAGAGCAGGUGGACAAAGAUUAAUUUUUGGUUAAUUGGUUUGUGUCAAUAAACAUGUUUUAUUAUUA